AACACAAACAAAAAAAGGUAUCUGAUCAUACAUACACAAGAAAAUAGGAACAUGCUUCUUCUUAUCACACUUGUUCUUUUUGCUUUACGUUUCACCCCUACAGCCAUGGCAAAGAUAGCAAAUCCAGGAUGCCGAACACAGUGCGGGAACUUGACAAUUGAAUACCCUUUCGGCAUAGACAAAGGCUGCUCCAUAGACGAAUCAUUUGACCUGACCUGCAACUUGACUUCUAACCCCCCAAAGCUUUUCAUCGGAUCAGGCAACAUUGAAAUAUACAAUAUGUCAGGACACGAGAUGAAAAUUUCCAAUUCGAUUGCUUUCAGAUGCUACAACGAAUCUGGAAGAGCAACUUAUGAACUUAUUGCAUGGACUAACUUGGAGACCACCCCUUUCACUUUUUCACAGAAGAACAAGUUCACUGUCAUUGGGUGCGAUGAUUCUGCUUUAAUCACAGGGAGGAAUGGACUCGAUUUCACUAGUGGGUGUUUAGGGUUAUGUAGCAAAGCAGGUGAUGUACCUGUUGGGUACUGUUCAGGAAAUGGGUGUUGUCAGACAUCAAUACCAAAAGGUCUCAAAUUUUACAAUGUUUCACUUGGCUCAUUCUAUAAUCAUGCAAGAGUGUUUUCAUUCAAUCCAUGUGGUUUUGCGUUUCUUGGUGAGGAAGAGAGCUUUACGUUUGGUGGUGUACCUGAUUUGUCUAAUAUGGAUCUUGAUGUUAAGAUAGAUAACAGUCUUCCCAUAGUUGUUGAUUGGGUAAUUGGAGACAACAGGAAUUGCACACAGGCUACAGAAUGUAAGGGAAAUAGCUUCUGCGAAGAUGAAGACACUGGUGGGUAUCGCUGCAUCUGUAACAAUGGCUACCAGGGAAAUCCUUAUCUUGAUCCAGGCUGCGAAGACAUCAAUGAGUGUGAGGAUAAAAGCAACAUCAGCUGUUAUGGCAUUUGUAUCAAUACUCCAGGGAGCUACAACUGUACUUGUUUGAAAGGAUACACUGGUGAUGGAAAAAUAAAAGAUGAUUGUCGACCUGAUGCCAAAAAUUCAAAGUUUCCAGCUGUCAUAUUCUCUGUAGCUCUGGUGUUUGGCUUGCUAGCUAUAUUAUCUGGGAUAACUGGGAUUUUCCUUGGCAUAAGGAAAAGGAAACUCAUAAAGCUACGAGAAAAAUUUUUUGAGCAAAACGGGGCGUGUUUAUGA